AUGGUAUCUUAUGCUGAUUUAGGUGAACAUUUUGCUUUAAAUAAUGGUAAAUGGUUAAAUGAUUCAUGGUGUAAAUCAGAAUUGUAUAUAUUACGUAUAAUGGAUUUUCUUCUUGCUUAUACAAUUGUAUUUCUAUGUUUUGAUCGUUGUGUUAAAAGAAAACAAUGUUGUUAUGGUAUACGUCGUUUUAUAACUGGUAUAUGUAUAUUAGUAUCACUUUGGUUAGCUGUUUGUUAUGCUUUAAUACCAAUAUUAUUUUUUAAUCAACAAUUAAUAUCAUUUAAUUAUGGUUCAUAUGAAUGUAUGACAAAUGGAACACAAAUAAAUGAGCUAACUUGGUUAGAUUUACAAAAUGUACAAUCACCAAUUAAAACAAUUUAUUUACUUGAUUUUAUAUUUGGCAAUGCAUUACCAAUAUUUUUAAUGAUUUUAUUAUUAGUUAUACGUUAUUUUAUUUAUCGAAAAGCAAAAAAAGAUAAAUAUAAAAAUAAUAUGAAUACAAAUCUUACUGAAUUAGAUAUAAAUACAUAUAAAAAUUUUGAUUUAAGAACUUAUGAUGAUGAACAUCCUAAUUUAAUAAAAAUGGUUGUUUUAUAUGUAAUUAUAUUUAUAAUUUGUCAAUUACCAUAUUAUAUUUAUCGUUUGGUACGUAUUUAUCAUCCGUCAAUAUAUUUAAAUUUAAGUUCAAUGAAUAUAUUAUAUGCAAUUGAUAUACCUUUAAUUAUUCUUCGUUUAAUAAAUCGUGCUAUAAAUCCAUGGCUUUCAUUUUUUCUAAUGCGUUCAAUACGAGAUUCAUCUCGUCAAGCUUGUACAACAUUUUGGUGCUGUGGCUGUUUUCCCUGUUGUCCAAAUCGUUGGUCAUGUUUACGUGAUUGUUCUGUAUAUAUUCGUAAUGAAUGGUAUGAUCUAACAGCUAAUCAUCAAUUAAUGAGAGAAAUACGUCCAACAGGAAAUACAAUGAAAAAAGAAUUUAUUGAUCCAACUGGAAAACGUAUUCGACAAAUCUAUGAAGAAUAUGUUCGAUAUUAUCAUCGACCACGUACACAUUUUAGUGAUGCUAAUCCAGCAUUAUUAUUUGCUGGUAAAAAUACAUUAGUAGGAAAUGAAAAUUUAAGUUAUUUAUCAUCAUCUAAUCCAAGAUCACAACAUUCUCAAAUAUUAGAACCAAGUACGGAACUGUAA